AUGGGAAGAGAUAUUAUCUUCCAGUUCGUAAACCAAAUUCAAAGCUUGGGAACACUUCUGCUGGAGUUGCUCUCGGAGGCUCUUGGCCUCCAUAGUGAUCAUUUGAUACAGAUGGAGUGUGACAAAAGACUUCUUGUUCUAGGUCACUACUACCUACCCUGCCCACAGCCUGACCUCACUCUUGGAGUCAGCAAGCAUUCUGAUCCUCGUUUCAUCACCAUCCUUCUACAAGAUCAGAUUGGUGGCCUUCAAGUAAUGCACCAAAACCAGUGGCUUGAUGUCCCUCCCUCUACAGGAGCUUUAGUUGUAAAUAUUGGAGACCUUUUGCAGUUAAUAACUAAUGAUAAGUUUAGGAGUGCUGACCAUCGCGUGCUGAUAAAGAAGGGAGGUCCAAGAACUUCGGUGUCUUGCUUCUUCAUCACAACUCAGGUUUGGUCAUCAACACAGUUAUAUGGCCCAAUCAAGGAGUUGUUGUCAAUAGAAACCCCCCCACUUUAUAGAGAAGUCACAGUGAGAGACUACUACACAUACAACUACAAUAAAGGAAUUGAUGGACGAUCAGCCUUAGAUAGCUACAAGUUAUGAU